CUCGUCAAGAUGGGAACGGGCUCCUCCAGCUACCGGCCCAAGGCCAUCUAUUUGGACAUCGAUGGACGCAUUCAGAAGGUGGUCUUUAGCAAGUAUUGCAACUCCAGCGACAUUAUGGACCUGUUCUGCAUCGCCACCGGCCUGCCUCGGAACACGACCAUCUCCCUCCUGACCACGGAUGACGCCAUGGUCUCCAUCGACCCCACCAUGCCCGCCAAUUCGGAACGGACUCCCUACAAAGUGAGACCUGUGGCCAUCAAGCAGCUCUCUGAGAAAGAAGAAUUGAUCCAGAGCGUGCUGACCCAGGUGGCAGAGCAGUUCUCAAGAGCAUUUAAGAUCAACGAACUGAAAGCUGAAGUUGCACAACACUUGGCGGUGCUGGAGAAGCGCGUUGAACUGGAAGGACUGAAAGUGGUGGAGGUUGAGAAAUGCAAGAGCGACAUUAAGAAGAUGAGGGAGGAGCUGGCGGCCAGAAGCAGCAGGACCAGCUGUCCCUGUAAGUACAGUUUUUUGGAUAACGACAAGAAGUUGACAUCUCGACGCGAUGUCCCCGCUUAUCCCAAGUACCUGCUGUCCCCCGAGACCAUAGACGCCCUGCGGAAGCCCACCUUCGACGUCUGGCUCUGGGAGCCCAACGAGAUGCUGAGCUGCUUAGAGCACAUGUACCACGACCUCGGCCUGGUCACAGAUUUCGCCAUCAACCCCAUCACCCUCAAGAGGUGGCUGCUCUGCGUUCACGACAACUACCGUAACAACCCUUUCCACAACUUCCGUCACUGCUUCUGCGUCACCCAGAUGAUGUACAGCAUGACCUGGCUCUGCGGGCUGCAGGAGAAAUUCUCCCAAAUGGAUAUCUUGAUCUUAAUGACAGCGGCCAUCUGCCACGAUUUGGAUCACCCAGGCUACAACAACACGUACCAGAUCAACGCCCGCACGGAGCUAGCCAUCCGCUACAAUGACAUCUCGCCCCUGGAGAACCACCACUGUGCCGUGGCCUUCCAGAUCCUCAGCCAGCCCGAGUGCAACAUCUUCUCCAGCGUGCCGGCGGAGGGCUUCAAGCAGAUCAGACAGGGGAUGAUCACAUUAAUCUUGGCCACUGACAUGGCGAGGCACGCGGAAAUCAUGGAUUCUUUCAAAGAAAAAAUGGAGAGUUUUGACUUCAGCAACGAGGAGCACAUGGCCCUGCUGAAGAUGAUCCUGAUAAAAUGCUGUGACAUCUCUAACGAGGUCCGUCCGAUGGAGGUGGCGGAACCCUGGGUGGACUGUUUAUUAGAGGAGUAUUUCAUGCAGAGCGACCGCGAGAAGUCAGAGGGCCUUCCCGUGGCCCCUUUCAUGGACCGGGACAAAGUGACCAAGGCCACGGCCCAAAUUGGGUUCAUCAAAUUCGUCCUGAUCCCGAUGUUCGAAACGGUGACCAAGCUCUUCCCUGCGGUGGAGGAGCUCAUGCUGCAGCCCCUGUGGGAAUCCAGAGAUCGCUACGAAGAGCUGAAGCAAAUGGACGACGCCAUGAAGGAGCAGAAGGCGGAGAGUCUGACACCUGAGAGCCCCAUGCCAAGAGAGAAAAGCAGAGACGGGGGAAAAAGUGAAGGAGAUCAUGCCUGAAGAAAGCAGAGUGCUGUGGGCUGCUGUUCUGGACCCGGCCGGCUGGGCUUUGCAGGAUCGUCCCUGCAGGGAGAAGUGGUCCUGAGCAUCUGCCACCAUGAGAUCAUGUUUUCUAAGAACAAUUUUGUUCACUGACACAC